GAUGAGUUAUUUAAAAUGGGCAACAAGAUUCUCCAGGAGUCUAAAAGCCAAAAACAAAAAACAGAAGCCUACAUAUUCUUUGCCAGAGCCGCUGACAUGGGAAAUUUGAAAGCUAUGGAAAAGAUGGCUGAUGCUUUGCUAUUUGGAAGUUUUGGCAUGCAAAACAUAACAGCGGCUAUCCAGUUGUAUGAGUCCCUGGCUAAGGAAGGAUCACACAAAGCCCAAAACGCACUAGGAUUUCUAUCUUCUUAUGGAAUAGGAAUGGAAUAUGACCAAGCCAAGGCACUGAUAUACUAUACAUUUGGAAGUGCUGGAGGAAGCAUGAUGUCCCAGAUGAUUCUGGGAUACAGAUAUUUGUCAGGAAUCAAUGUUCCACAGAACUGUGAAGUUGCCCUAAAGCUUUACAAGAAAGUGGCCGACUACAUUGCUGACAAAUUGGAAAAAAGUGAAGGUAUUCCAGUGGAAAAAGUGAGACUAACCGAGAGACCUGAAAAUCUGAGUUCCAACAGUGAGAUUUUGGAUUGGGACAUAUACCAAUACUAUAAGUUUUUGGCAGAAAGAGGAGAUGUUCAGAUACAAGUAUCUCUUGGACAAUUACAUCUAAUUGGAAGGAAAGGCCUAGAUCAGGAUUACUAUAAGGCAUUGUACUACUUUUUAAAGGCAGCAAAGGCUGGAAGCGCAAACGCCAUGGCAUUUAUAGGAAAGAUGUAUUUGGAGGGGAAUGCUGCUGCACCACAAAGCAACGUCACAGCCUUCAAAUACUUCUCCAUGGCAGCCAGCAAGGGCAAUGCAAUUGGUCUUCACGGCCUUGGCCUCCUUUACUUUCAUGGAAAAGGUGUUCCUGUGAAUUACGGCGAAGCACUUAAGUACUUCCAGAAAGCUGCCGAGAAGGGCUGGCCCAACGCACAGUUCCAGCUGGGCUUCAUGUACUACUCUGGCUCUGGAGUGUGGAAGGAUUACAAACGUGCCUUCAAGUACUUUUACCUGGCAUCCCAGAGCGGCCAGCCUCUGGCCAUUUACUACCUAGCGGAGAUGUACGCCACCGGCACCGGAGUGCUGAGGUCCUGCCGAACCGCCGUGGAGCUUUACAAAGGUGUCUGUGAACUAGGCCACUGGGCUGAGAAAUUCCUGACGGCCUACUUUGCCUAUAAGGACGGCGACGUAGAUUCUUCGCUUAUUCAGUACGCGCUGCUUGCCGAAAUGGGAUACGAAGUAGCUCAAAGCAAUUCAGCGUUCAUUUUGGAAUCUCAAAAAGCUAAAAUUCUGGGGAAGGAAAAGAUGUAUCCAAUGGCACUUCUGCUAUGGAACCGAGCUGCUGUUCAAGGGAACGCUUUUGCUCGGCUGAAGAUUGGAGAUUACCAUUACUAUGGCUAUGGGACCAAGCAGGACUACGGCGCCGCGGCCACACAUUACAGCAUCGCCGCAGACAAGCACCGCAGUGCCCAAGCCAUGUUCAACCUGGCCUACAUGUAUGAACACGGCCUGGGCAUCGCGAAGGACAUUCACCUGGCCAGAAGGUUGUACGACAUGGCUGCUCAGACAAGCCCAGAUGCGCACCUACCUGUGUUCUUUGCCCUUAUGAAACUGGAAACUAUGCAUUUGCUCCGAGACAUCCUGUUUUUUAAUUUUACCAUGAGAUGGAAGUGGCUGAAACUGGACAGCACCGUUGGACCAUACUGGGAUUUAUUUGUGAUUGGCCUAAUUGUUGCCGUGCUGAUCUUCUUGCUUAGAAGUCGUCAUAGGUAG